UGAGGGCAGGAUGUCGACCAACGGGGAGUAUGACUGUAUUGUGAUCGGGGCCGGAGUCCAGGGCUCCUUCACGGCCUAUCAGCUGGCAGAAAAGAAGCAGAAGACGCUGCUGCUGGAGCAGUUCAUCCUGCCCCACACCCGAGGGAGCUCCCAUGGCCAGACCCGCAUCAUCCGCAAGGCCUACGAGCAGGACUUCUACACCCACAUGAUGGAGGAGUCCUACGAGCUGUGGGCCCAGCUGGAGCGGGAGGCGGGUGUCAAACUGUACAGACAAACAGGGCUCCUGGUGAUGGGACCAGAGGAUAGUCAGAGUUACCAGCUGUAUAAGAACAACCUGCAGAAAAACAAGGUUCCUAUGGUGAUCCUGAACCGUGACAACUUCUCCCAGCAUAUCCCCAAUGUCAACCUGGCUGUGGGAGAUGGCGCGGUGGUGGACAUAACCGCUGGAGUUCUGUAUGCUGACCGUGCACUCAAGAAUGUACAGGGGCAGUUUGAGAAGUUGGGUGGGGUCAUUAGAGACAAUGAGAAGGUAACUGACAUCAAACCUGGCCCUGUUGUGACAGUGUCAACCUCUGCUGGUGUGUAUCGAGCCAAGAGUGUGGUGAUCACCGCUGGACCCUGGGCUAAUAGACUGCUGGCCCACACUGGCUUACAGUUGCCACUCAAGGUGGUGAAGAUCAACGUGUGCUACUGGAAAGAGAAGGUUCCAGGAACAUAUGACGUGAAGCAGCGCUUUCCCUGCUUCUUGCUGACUGAGAGUGAGGAAACCAAACAUCACAUCUACGGCCUCCCGUCCAAUGAGUACCUGGGCCUAAUGAAGAUAUGCUACCAUAUUGGAGGUGAGACAGACCCAGACGAGAGAGACAAGCAGACAGACAGGUCUGAUAUUGACAUCCUCCAGCGCAUCAUUGCCCGCUGUUUUCCUGGCCUGGUCCCUGAACCUGCUGUGGUGGAGAGCUGCAUGUACACGAUGACGCCUGACCAGCAUUUUGUGCUGGACCGUCACCCCUCCCACAGUAACAUUGUGUUUGGAGCAGGAUUUUCAGGUCAUGGCUUCAAGUUUGGACCAAUCAUUGGAAAGCUCCUGUGUGAACUCAUCCUGGGAGAAGUGCCCUCCUAUGACCUUUCACCUUUUCGAAUCAGACGCUUCCAGGAUCAGACCAAAUCAGCUUUAUAGAGCUGAAUACUCAGGGCAUCAACAGAUCACCAGAAGUCUUAUCUAAUUGUGGCAGUAGUAUGAUUUUAAAUUGCCAUGGUAAUUUAGCCCUAUGUUGUUAAACAUAAUCACACAAUAAUGUAGGCUUAUGUUUUUUUGAUAAUGUGUGCUGCUGCUUUAUUUGAUGUAGUCAAUGUGUUUCCAGUUUCACAUGGUGUAAUCAGCUGUGUAGCCCUCGUGCAUCAUAAAAGUCAGUGUAUACACAUGCAGUUACAUGACAGAGUUAGAGUCUGCUCUAUGCAGUAAUCUGAUUACUUAAAGGACUAGUUCAACAUUUUAAGAACCAGGAUGAUUUGCUUUCUGUGAGAUGAUGAGAUUGAAAACUCUAGUGUCUAUAUUCUGAAUGUGAAGCUUCAGCCAGGAGGCGAUUAGCUUAGCUUGGUUUAGCAUAGAGACUGGAAGCAUGGGGAUAAGGCAGCAAUAGGGAGACAAUAGCUUGUCUGUUUUUUUUAUCUGCCAACGAGCAUUUUUAUUUUGUUACUGAUUACUGUACAGUGCCUUGUUUGUGUAAUCCAUAUGUAACAGACUUGGAAUGGCAUUGAAGGAGACGACUCGGAGGGUAGUUUUCCAUCAUUUAUUCGCUGCAGAAGACAACAUAAACCACAUUAGUUUCUUCCUGG